CCGCCAAUCAAAAGAAGAAGAAGAAGAAGAAAGAAGAAGAAGAAGAAGAAGAAGAAGAAGAAGAAGAAGAAGAAUUAUUAUUAUUAUUCCAGCGGCGCCAAAUCUGCAGCGGACAGAAACCCAACACGAAAGUUGUGAAGAGUUCCGUCACCGACUAAAUAGCCAGCUGUCAUGGACCUCAGCCCCUUUGAAACAGACAACUCGGUCAGCUGCCGGCUGGCUUCUCAGAUCCCUGAUGUCUGCCGGACUGAGGACUGCUGUUUGGGCAUUGACGAGGCAGGCAGGGGGCCUGUGUUGGGGCCCAUGGUGUAUGGAAUAUGUUUCUGUCCAGUUUCCAAAAAGCAGGAGCUGAAGGACUCGAAAGUGGCAGAUUCAAAGACUCUAACAGAGGCAGAAAGAGAGAAUCUUUUCCAAAAACUGGAUGAAGCCAGAAGUUAUGUAGGCUGGGCUUUGCAGAUUCUCUCACCAAACACAAUCUCGACCAGCAUGUUACAGAGGACAAAAUACAACCUGAAUGCCCUUUCACAUGAUACAGCAAUUGGUUUAGUACAGUUUGCCUUGGACAGUGGAGUACAGCUCAAAGAGGUGUUUGUGGACACAGUCGGCCCAGCAGAGAAGUAUGAGGAGAAACUCUCAAAGCGGUUCCCGGGUAUCGAGGUGACUGUGAGGCCAAAGGCUGACUCACUCUUCCCGAUCGUCAGUGCAGCCAGUAUCUGCGCGAAGGUGGCCAGGGAUCGUGUUGUAAAAGGCUGGAACUUCGCUGAGGACCUGGGAGAGGUGGAUACAGACUACGGCUCAGGAUACCCCAACGACCCCAAGACUAAAGCGUGGCUGCUGAAGUACCUGGACCCAGUGUUCGGUUACCCUCAGUUUGUUCGAUUUAGCUGGAGCACUGCCCAAACCCUGAUGGACAGCAAGGGUGUGACUGUCCACUGGGAUGAUGACGAGGAGGAUGGGGAGAAGGCAGCGCAACGGCAGAACAACAAGUCCAUGUUGUCGUACUUCAGUGCAUCAGCUGGAGGUAACGACCAAAACCCGACCCACCAGACACACCGCUUCUUUACUGAGCGGAGGCUGAAGAGCCUCAACAGACUCUGAAGACAACACAGUAGAGGACAUGCACGCACACACAUACAGGAAACCAUAAGCUCUUUUUGAGAUUUUCAUAUACAGCCCAAACAGAUGAGUCUUCGGCACAAAUGUGGAUGGACUUUGAUGAAACGUUGCAGACACGAGAUGUUUUUAUCACCAAUGCUGUCUUAAAUGAAGAUCUGUCUUUAUUUGUCCUGUUUGUACCUGUUUUUUUUUUUAUACAUAAAAUGAAUGUUUAAAACAUA